UGAAAAUAAAAAAGAAAGACAAUAGCUUUGAUAGAUAAAUAGAUAGAUGAAUUUUGUAAAAUGUUAUUUGAUUUCAAAAAUUUUCACACACACACUCUCUCUCUUUCUUUUAUUCUCUUUCAUUACAUUGGCUAAUCUUAUCAAUUUAACGUCGCCAUAUUUAAUUUAUUGAGAGAGGGAGAGAGAGAGAGAGGAAGAGAGAGAGAGAGAGAGAGAGAGAGAAAUAAAUUUCGUAGAGAAAUUUUAUAAGGGUGGGGGGUGCUGUGGGGUGGGAUACAAAAAGAAAAGAGUGUAUCGAAAAAAAAAAAGAAAAAGAAAAAAAACGGAGAGAAAGAAAAAAUAAAUUCGAGGAUGCUGCCAAAGAAGAAGGAGUCCCAACAACAACAACAACAACAUCAUCAACAGCAACAGCAACAACAACAACAACAAAAACAACAAAAGCAACAACAACAGGUAGAGCCUUAUGCUCUCGAAGACAUGAUAUCGGAUUUACAAGCUAGAAGAAGAAGUUCCCUCGAUCACGAGGAGACCCUACAAGAUCCAAGCGAACUUCUGAGGCAACGUGAAAGGGAUCUUGUUCUUGCCGCUGAACUUGGCAAGGCCUUGCUCGAAAGGAAUCAAGAAUUAACAAGGCAAAGCGAGUUAUUGGCCGACGAAUAUGCCGCGAAACUGGAGGUGAGUCGGAUUAGUCUGGAACAGGAGAGGCAUUUGUUACGUAGGAGAUUGGAGGAAACUAAAGGCGAAAGUGAAGCUAGAGUUAUCGAGCUUCAAACGGAUUUAGAAACAUUGAGAACUCAGUUGGAGGAACAAAAUGAACGUUCAAGAAGGGCCGAACGUGAUCAGGCAACAUUGGUUACGGAAUUGACGGCACAAAACGCAAGAUUGGCCGAUCAACUUAGGGAAGCUGCAAAACAGGAGGAACAAUUGUUCCUUGAGGUUAAAUUGUUACGUGAAAAGUGCGCUCACAGGAGUAAUACAUUACAGGAUCAUGUCAGCAGUUUGGAGAUUUUGCGGGAUGAGGUACAAUUGGUAUCCGCUCAGAGGACGGAAUUAGAGAGGAGAUCCUUGGAAUUACGCGAGGAGAGAGCCAGGGCGGUCGCGGCUCUCGAGGAAGCUGAGGAGAGAGCCGCGGCCUUGGAACGGCUUGGACAUGAGACUGAACAUCGAGCUAGAUUGGCAGAACAAGAGAGGGACGAGUUGGCAGCAGCCUUAGCGGCGAUCGAAGUCGAGAGAAGAGGUAGAUCCGGAUCUAUUCAAAAACCACCAAGGUCACUUCAAGUUGAGAUGGAGUGCGAAGAGAGCGGAAGUUCAUUGGGUGAACAGGAAGAUCUAAGAUCGGAAGUUACCAGAGCGGUUAAACGGUUGAAGGAACUUUGCGUUCAUUUGCGUAGGGGAGAGGAUGAUUCAGGUUUACAAAGCGACUGCGACGAGUCCAUGCUUGUCAUUGCUAACAAUACAGAAGCUGAAGUCAAUUAUCCAGGAGCAUUGAUGGAAUUGGUCGAAGAAGUUUAUAAUUUGGCAUUAUCGGGUCGUGGUGCCCCAGGUGAAUUAGGAUUGGCUGUUGAAUUACAUCGCGUAAGGGAGGAAUUGGAUCAGACGAAGGAACAAUUGAAACAAACCCAAGACGAAUUGAAACGCCGUGGUGAGACAUUGUUGGAUACAACGAGUAAGCUCAGUGUAUGCGAGGCCGAAUUGAGAGGAGUUAAAGAGGAACGUGACAGAGCUAGAAAUGACAUGGAACAUACGCAAUUAACGAAGGAUGAAAUAUUGGCACAGGCAUAUCAAGUUAGAGAUCAAGCCGUAGCAAGGAAGAACAGAGCUGAGGUUGAAUUGGCAAGAACAAGGAUAGACGUUUUACAAGCUAACAGCCAAUUGAUGGAGGCAAUACAACAAAAGGUUGAACUUAGUCAACAACUUGAACAAUGGCAAAUAGAUGUACAGGUUUUGUUGGAUGAACAAGUACGUAGUAAACUAACGCCAACCUCUAAUACCAAUUCAAUUGCUACAAUUAAUAAGGAAUCCUCGGAGGUUGUUGCACCUGCUAGAAAAAAGAGAAGUAAUAGCUCGUCCAAAAAAAUGUUUGGGCUAUUUUGACGAAGGUGAAAUUGAUUAAUUGAAUAAAUUCUUUUUUAUCCUUAUUCAUUUCGCAUACUCUCAGUUAUAUCCAAGCGAUAUAUCAAUCCUCUUAAAAUGAAAAAUUCGCAUGACAAUCGAAUAUCAAAGAAGAACUAUUGCAUCGUUUAUUUCUUAACAGUGUACAAACAACUUAUUGGACGAUUGAUUUUUAUUGAGAUUUUAGGAUUUGAAAGAAGAAAAAAAAAAGAAGAAGAAGAAGAAGACAAAUAUUUCGAAAUAUUUGGAACGUUUGGAAGCAAAUAAAAAAAAAAAUAAAAUAAAAUAAAAUAUGUUUACGGUGUUUAUAAUUGUUUAAACAAAUUCCAUUGUUUCUACGUGAACACUAUUGAACAUUAUAGCCGAACAUUAUAGUCGGCUUGAACGAUCUCGAACUUUUGUGUAUAUAAUUAUUACUCUUUCUUAUUGAUGACGAUUAGAUAAAAGAAUGUAAUUAGGGUAAUUUGUAUAGGACAAAUGAUUAGGAAUAGUGUUAGGGCAAUUGUGUACUUAACAUUUAUAUUAUUAUCAUUAUUAUUAUUAUUAUUAUUAUUGCUAUUACUAUUACUAUUAUUAUUAUUAUUAUUAUUACUACUAUUAUUAUUAUUAAUAUUAUUAGUAUUAUUAAUAUUAUCCGUCCAGGAUGAAAGUGAAAUCAGUGAAGUGAAUCAACGAAAUUUUUUUUCGAAAAGUGAAUAUUUAAAGGACAAUAGACAAUCAGUGUGCAAUAAAAAAAAAAAAAAAAAAAAAAAAUGAUUUGAUAAGGACUAAUCGAAGUUUGCUAAUUAAUAUUAGAUCCAUAUCAGAUUGUUUAUAAUAAUGUGUAAUUCAUUAUCGGAUUUAUUAACAUCAGGAUUAUUUAUUUAAUAAAAUCGUGCUGUGUUGCGAAUUUGUUUGUAUAUUUUUUUGUUUUUUCUUUCUUUUUUUUUUCUGAAAUCAUAAAACGAAUAAACAAAUUACAUUGGA